UGUCGCCUGUCCGGAGCCUGUGUGUGUGUGUGAGAGAGAGACUUCAGCGGGGACUCAGGCAGCAUGAUGUGGGCUCGGUUGCUGGUUCAGACCGGGGGUUCGGGGCUCGCGUUGCGGGCUUCCAGGGAUGGUUUACUGCGGGUGUCAGGAGCUGCAUGUGCGGGGAAGAGGCAGCAGAGACCGGCUUCGAGUGCAGAGGCCGCCGUGCAGAAGACCACGCUGUUUGACUUCCACAAGGAGCAGGGGGGAAAGAUGGUGGAGUUUGCAGGCUGGAGUAUGCCUGUUCAGUACAAAGACAGCCACAUCAUCUCACACAUGCACACCAGAGAGCACUGCUCCAUCUUUGAUGUCAGCCAUAUGCUGCAGACCAAAGUCCAUGGCAAAGACAGGGUGAAGUUCAUGGAGUCUCUAGUAGUUGCAGAUAUUGCUGAACUCAAAGACAACCAGGGAACCUUGACCCUCUUCACCAACGAGAAAGGAGGAAUAAUGGAUGACCUCAUAGUGACAAAGACAGACCAGGGCUACCUCUAUGUUGUCUCUAACGCAGGCUGUGCUGACAAGGACUCUGCUCAUAUGAAGGCCAGACUGGCAGAGUACAAAGCAGCAGGUUAUAAUGUUGAUCUGGAGUUCCUCGAUGAAGCACUAAUUGCUCUGCAGGGUCCAUCCAUGGCUCAGGUUCUCCAGCAGGGGCUGAAGGAGGACCUCAGUAAGCUGACCUUCAUGACCUCCGCCUUGGCCACUGUGUUUGGUGUUCCUGGCUGCAGGGUCACCCGCUGUGGAUACACCGGAGAGGAUGGGGUCGAGAUCUCUGUCCCUCGGCUCAGAGUGGUGGAGCUGACGGAGAAGCUGCUGGCAAACAGUGAGGUGAAGCUGGCCGGUCUGGGUGCCAGGGACAGUCUGCGGCUGGAGGCGGGGCUUUGUCUCUAUGGAAAUGACAUAGAUGAGACCACCACGCCUGUGGAGGCCACCCUCGUCUGGACCAUUGGUGAGAUCAGAGUGUUCAUUACAAAGUAUUUAGAUUAUUUUUUUGAACCAGAUUGGGUUUUGAAGAAGGCCAUUUGUGAAAAGAUGAGGUCAUGAGUUUUAAUCAACUCAAUUGUUAAUGUUUUUUUAAGUUGGGAGUUAGAUAAGAAAAUUGUGAUCAACCCAACUUCUUUAACUGCAGCUGACAUGCGCUUAGCUUAGCAUUAGAUAAAGACUUGAGAUAGGGGGGAAAAGCUGUCCUGGCUGUGCCAAAGUAGAAUGAAAAAAUGGUUUACCAGAUCAGCUAUAGCUCACUAAUAAACAUUUGACAAAUAACAUCUACCAACUGUUUGUAGAGUUCUGUUAGCUAGACAAUUUUUUGUCAGCAUCAAUUGGGAGGCACGUAUCAAAGACCAUUAAAGAAAAAGUCUGGAAAAUAACCAACUGUAAAAUGGCUAUUUGUCCCCUUUCUUUUCUAUAAACAGCUUUAAAAAAUGUGACAGAUUGUGAACACCACAUGUGUCAUUCACAGCAAUUUGUGUUAAAGUAGAUGCAAUUGAUUUUAAUUAUGAAAAUAAUAUAUCAAAUGUAUUUAAAUAUGUGCAUCUUUGUAGGUUUAUUAACAUGUAGAUAAUAAUAGUAGGAGCUCAAUCGGCUAAAUGAGCUUCAGCUUUGUUAUUUAUAAUUCCUUGUUUAGUAUUUUUGUCAGCAACUUAAUUUUGUGCUAACACUUAUUUGUCUCUUCACAUGCAGGAAAGCGCCGGCGUCAAAACAAGGACUUCCCCGGUGCUGACAUCAUCGUACCUCAAAUCAAAGCCAAAA